UAUCGGGCCAGAGAGCCGUCCCCAGUCUCGCCAAGUCCGUGGUAGCGACACCGCGCUUCUCGCCCUCGCUGUCUCCCAAAGCCCCGAAAACGUCCAGCCUUUGGUUCUGCGGUUACAGGCGGUCAGUGAGAUGGAAGUGGUGUCGGAGGGACCCGGCGCGGAGUUCCUCAGCCGAGACGCGCUCGUCCAGAUGUUCCGCGAGUUCCGCCAGGAGAUGGUCGUCCUCCUGAAGGACUCCUCCAGGAUUACCGACUCGCUCAAGGAGGACGUGACUCAGGUCAAGGGUCAACUGACCGCGCUCAGGACGGACCAUGACAGCCUCCACCAGGCCUUUACGGACCUCAAGUCCAAGGUCGCCGACCUUCGACAUCCCCCCAGCCUCCCCGCCACUCCAGAAGAGAGCUCUGUUGUGAGUAAGAGUACCUGCUUCCCACACGUCCUCGCUAAGAACAAAUACAACUCCGUCAGAUACGUAGUAAAGACAGACCGAUGCGGCGAUAUAGUCAUCCAUGUCCAGGGUGAUGUCUCUCAACAAGACAAGAGAGCCGUUUUCCUUACAGUCCAUGACCUUGGGUGUAACCAUUACUCGUUUGAGGACUUCAUAAACAAGCCCUGCAUGAGUGACAUCAAGGAGAGGUCUAUAUUUAUCCAUGUAGACGUUCCUGGGCAUGAAGACAACGCAGAUCCGCUGCCUGACUCGUUCCAGUUCCCAUCACUCCAGACGCUUGGUGAGGACUUAAUAGCAGUCCUGGACUUCGUGAAGGUGAAGUACGUGAUUGGACUAGGAGAGGGUGCAGGGGCCAAUGUCUUGGCGAGGUUUGGGCUGGCUCAUCCACAGCGCACCCUCGGGAUGAUACUCAUCAACUGCACUGGCUCGGCUACCACCGUCAAGGACAACUUCAAAGCUAAAUUCGUAAAUUGGAAAGGCAAAGGUUCGGUAUCUCAGUCAGCAGAGGAUUACCUUGUGUUCCACAAAUUUGGUCAUAUGCUCGCCGAGCAGUUAAUGAAUGAGAACAGCCCAGACAAGGACAAGGUAAUGUCCGACUUCCUCCACAAGCUGAGAGGCACUAUCAACCACAGCAACGUUCGCCUUUACGUCAACGCUUUUCUCAAUCGAAAAGACUUGCCUCUAAAACAGUACAAGUCGGAUAUCUUGCUGAUCACGGGUGUGCUGAGUUCAUACGCAAACGUUGUGGAGAAACUGUUCCAGGACUUGGACAAGAAUAAGGCAACACUCUUGAGGAUUGAGCGUGCUGGAGACGUCCUCAAUGAAUCUCCAGCCAAAGUAGCACACAGUAUCCUACUGUUUGCGAAAGGUCAAGGACUCCUGACCUCGGUGACCUUGCCGGGCGUGGAGCGGCAGAGGACAUUCUCCGGAAGUUCCAUCGACAUGGAGCGACCUCGUCGCUUCUCCCGUGGACUCAGCAUGGAAGAAUACGACAAGCCCAAUCUGAGGCGGCUAUCCAUCACAGUGGGCGAGGUCCCCAUACAGACGUCCAAAUAACUCGCUCACUUGAACACCUCUGGAGGAGUAUCCAAGGCGGCUUUGCAGAUUUCGUUGCCUCUGUAAACAGCACCAACCGGCAAUGGUAUGCCGGUCCCCCUUAGUUAGCAGGCUCUUGUUUACCGAUAAAGACACAAUAUGAGAUGUAAAAACAUUGUCUACACUAAGUAAAAUACCCAUCUGAGCAUUUAUAAACAACAGAGACCUGGCCUAAUCGAUUUUAAUACAUUGUGCACUUUAUGUUGCUUCACGAAAUUCAAAAUUCACACAAAUGAAGUGACAAAUGGAUGUUGAAAUAAAGAGUAGUUUAGCUUGUAUCGAAAUUGAUAUAAAAUACUUUUAGGAAGUCAGUCGAGUACCUGUAGUGUUAGUUUAUUUAUAAUUAAGAAUUUUGUGAUGUAUGAGCAAUUAAAUAAAAUGUUUGUGUUAGUAGAGUUAUCAGAAAAAAGAUUGCUAGGUCAUUUAUAUAUUCAAUGUUAAGCUUGGAUAGACUCUGUAUGUAGGAAGUGUAUAUCAAUAUAUGUAUAAUACGUGUUAAUCAAAAUAAUUUGUAUACUAUAGAAAGAGUUUAUAGAAGAAUAGGAAACUGCGUAGUGUUUGACCCACUGAAAAGCCCUGGAAGUAUUCAAAAUAUUACAAGUUUUUGUAUACUGUUCAGAAUUAUAUAUUAUUUUAUUGUUUAUAAUCUUUACUUGCAAUUACGCCUGUACUUUGGCUUUAGGAACAACGACUGACCGACUUCAAAUUCAAUAUUUACUACAACUCUUACUCACAAGGGAAAUACUGUAUUCAUGAAAACUCCAUGUUAAAUUACAAGUUAUUGUUAUUUUUCUAAUUUGGAAAUGAAUCCAAACUAGAUUAUGUUCUUUUUAAUUCAUUAUUUGAAUAAUAUUCUAUAUUGAAAUUUGUAUAGUCACGUUCAAUUGGUAACCACCUACACCGCUCCUGAAUGUAUUACGUUAGUUGUCCAGUAUCCUAACCUCAAAAUUUUGCAUUCUGCUUAGUACACUAAUAAACACAUUUGCUAAUAGCAGUGUGCACUAAAUUCUUUUUCAGUUUAAUUCAUAAAUCAGUUUAUUAAAGUAAAGUUACCAAAUGAGUUUUGAAAAAUUGUAUAAUUUCUUUCCUCUAAUAACUUUGUCUGUGUUGUAAAAAAUUAAUAUUUAACGACAGUGUCAAUGAAUUCCUUUGUACAAACCUUAUCAGUGCCAUUCUUGAAUGCGACUAUUACCACUAUUCUAAUGAAAUAUAGUUAUUUUAAACAGUGUUGUUUAAGUUUUGAAUUUGAGUAUUGUAGUGUUGGUUUUUCAAUAUUUCUAUUUUUGUUAUAAAAUAUUUUUAGAUUGAGGUUGUUCGCUUCAUAAUGUCAGAAAUUUUUAAUGUAGUAAAAUAUAAAACGUAUAAUUAACUUUUUAAAGGCGGUUUGCAUCAGUCUUCAGUUUCAUUUGCAACAGUAAUUAUAUAUCCAUUUUCAAAUAUAUUUAAUGGACCCACUCACCAAGAAAUAAUGUUCUACUUGCUUUCCUAGCUCAAGUUUUCUGUUUCAAGCUAAAAUUAUACUUUAACCCCAGUGAUCAUUUCCUAAAAGAUUAAAUCAUAGACAACUGAAAAUUGUAAAUUUUAUUUAUUUUUCAGGUAAAACAAAAUAACAUAAGAAAUUGAAGUAUACGCACUAUGUUUAUUAAAGUUGACAUUGCCAUAAUAAAGUAACUGCCGUAGCAAUAAACUACCAACACUUCAUAAAAGACCAUUGUUGUGUUACGAAAUGUUUAUAAUGCUUAUUGUCUGGCAUUUCGUUAUAGCGUGUAGUAAUAAUCAAAGAUACACUUGCAUACGCUUAAUCCUACUUAAUGUUCAGAAAUACAAAUAGAAUUUUGACAUAAUUAUUUAUCCACUUAAAAUUAAAGGAAGAGCGAAUUAAUGUUCUGUAAACACUUGGAAUCAAUAUAUUACGUCUGAAUAUUUUUAUAAAUUUGUGCAUUACACAAAAACUUAUUUGUAAUUAACUGGACCAAGUAUUUUUAUAUUUUAGAAAUAAAAGUUGAAAAAGAUGGUCUGUGGUUGAACACAAUUCCAUUGAAAACGGAUGGGAAUUGGAAGUUAAUCGAAGUAUCUGAGCAGUGAAGCCUUUUUAAGAUAUUUAGAUUAUAUAAAAGUUUGUGAUUAUAAGUAAAUAAAAAUAAUUAUGAACUGUCAAACGUACAUUUAAUGAAAGGUUUUGAAAACGAAAUGUUCAACAUAUUUUUAACUGUAUAGACUAUGUUUUAUACUUUAACACUGUUGCCUUUCGACAACUAUAUCGAUUUACUGAUGCACCACUAAAUAACAGCCUUCUCAAGUACUGCUCAUGUGCCUUGCUCUCACUUGGGGCCCUCGAAAGCAAGCUACAGCUUUUGCUACAGUUAGGCUACAUUCAAAAUAUUUUCAGUCACGCUCUAAGUGUUUAUCUGUAAUGGUCUACCGCAGCAGAAAAAGUGUUGCAAUAUAGUAUAUCUUAUUCUUAUGUUAUCUUUAAUCUUAAUUAAAUUACCUUAUCUUUAAGUGAUGCAUACGCUCGAAUACAAUAUUGUACCAUUUUGUUGGCCACUUUUCGAAUAAAAAUUAUGUUGUUUCUA